GGGGUGGCUAAAACGUUGGUUAGUUGUUUCUUCCUCCAUGGUUGUUGGGAAUGGUUGUUUAAGAUGUCUUUCUUAAUAUUUCAAGGAACAUUAGUGCAUGCCGAGUCUGCCAGUCAGCCUUUGAAGAUACUCCACAACCAUAUUAUCGGUGUCAACAAAAAUAAGAUAGUUUUCAUUGAACCAGAAGGUCGCCUUCGAGAGCUCUCACAGCAACAUGGCUUCCAGCUGGAAGAUGUCCAAGUCAUGGAAGGGCAGUUCCUUAUUCCAGGUUUUGUGGAUACACACAUCCAUGCUCCACAGUAUGUAUAUACCGGCACAGCCAUGAAUCUACAACUGCUAGAAUGGCUCAAUAAGUACACAUUCCCCACGGAAGCUAAGUUUGCUAAUCUGGAAUUUGCUGCUGAUGCCUACAGGAAAGUUGUGCAUCGAACAUUAAAGAAUGGAACAACAACAGCAUGCUACUUUGCAACCAUUCAUAAAGAAGCCUCUCUCAAACUGGCAGAGAUUGUUGCACAUUUUGGACAGAGAGCCUUUGUUGGCAAAGUCAACAUGGAUGCUAACUCUCCUGAGUACUACGUGGAGACCACAGAGCAGUCUUUUAAAGACACUGAAUGGUUUAUCAAGCAAGUUCAAUGUUUGAACAAUCCUCUAGUUACUCCUAUCAUCACACCUCGCUUUGCUGUAAGCUGUACUGUGACACUCAUGAAGAAACUAGCUAACCUCGCUGAGUUGUAUGGGUUACCAAUACAGACACAUAUAUCAGAGAACAAGGAUGAAAUUUCCUUAGUCAAGGAACUAUUCCCAGAGUGUAGCAGUUACGCUGAUGUUUACCAGUCGUGUGGGUUGGUUACCAAAAAGAGUGUAUUUGCUCACAGUAUCUACUUAGAUGACAAGGAGAUUGAAGUAAUUAAACAUCAUGGGUCUGCUGUGUCUCACUGUCCUUGCUCAAACUUCAUGUUACGAAAUGGUAUCUUAGAUCUAAGGAAACUCUGGGACAAAGGCAUCAAGCUUGGAUUAGGCACAGAUGUUUCUGGUGGGUACUCUCCAUCUAUGCUCAGUUCUAUUAGGCAGUCAGUUAUUGCAACUAAUGUUCACAAGAUGCAGCAAGGAGCAGCCUACAACAGUAUAGACUAUAAAGAACUCUUUUAUCUGGCCACUCUAGGAGGAAGCCAAGUACUGGGUCUUGAAGAUCGCAUCGGUAACUUUGUGGUUGGCAAGGAGUUUGACGCUCUCCUAGUGAACCCUAAGGCAGCUGGAAGUCCUUUUGAUGUUUUCAACUCAUCUUUUUCCGACUCCAUAGAGGAUAUUGUGCAGAAGUUCCUUUUCCUUGGAGAUGAUCGUAAUAUACAGGAAGUUUAUGUUUCUGGCAGGAAGGUUAUUCCAACAACGUUAGACAGUAACAGCUUUUUUUAGUGACAUGUGAAAUCGGCGCUUCAAUGCAAACACGUAGUACAUGUAUCUCAAUUUUGCAAAAAAUCAUUGUAUAUGUAUAUUGCAUGAAAAUUCUCUGCCAGUCACCAGGACUCUCCAUACGGGUAAAACAAUAGUAUUAUGAUCAGAAUGAUUUGGUUUGUUUGUGGGAUUCUGACUUCGCAUGUUACAUUUAAAUAAUUGUCUGCUUGAUCACAAGUUAUCGCUUAAAUUUGAAUUCCUCCGACAGUUGCUACAUUACGUCACAUGAUUCGGGGCAGGUUUUUUUGUAGUUGCGGAAGAGAUGGCAAACACCAAUACAAAGGGUUUGCUCAUCUGGAGGUUGCUAUACAAGAGAUACUAGAGAUCAGUAGUGCAGCAGGUGAAAUUAAUGGUCAGAUUUUCACAUGAUAGUAUAAGAGAGAUUUAGCCACAGAGAUAUAGCAUAUGUAUUUAAUUCCACGUAGAUUGGUCCAUCGCUAAUAAUUUUAUGAACUUUUAUAAUGUGCCAUGUAAAAGAGCAUUAAUGAUAUAUAUUUGGUUUGCAGUAACACCAUGUGUGUAU